UCUCGUGUAACAGGGAAAGAUGAACUGACAGAAGACAUGAUAGUGGGACGUCCGCUGGUGAUGCUGGCGGCGAUGAUGGCCAUGAUGUAUAUGGCAGCAGCGGAUGGCCAUGGCGGUGGAGGAGGUGGAGGUAGAUAUGGUGGCGGUGGUGGAGGAGGUAGUGGAGGAGGAGGAUUCGGAGGAGGCAGUGGAGGCGGAGGAUUUGGAGGAGGCAGUGGGGGCAGUGGUUUUGGAGGCGGCGGCGGUGGAUAUGGCGGUAGCAGCGGAGGUGGUGGAUUCGGAGGCGGUGGAUUUGGAGGUAGUGGAGGUGGAGGCCAUGGAGGCGGCGGAUUCGGCGGUGGUGGAUUUGGCGGAGGUAACGGCGGCGGCGGCGGUGGAUACGGCGGAGGCAUCGGAGGCGGAGGCGGUGGCAGUGUAGUUGCUGGAAUUCUUGUUGGAAGUGGAGCUCUCUCGGGUGGAGGCGGUGGUGGUGGCGGCGGCUACGGAGGUGGAAGCGGAGGCGGUUUUGGUGGAGGAAGCGGAGGCGGUUUUGGUGGAGGAAGCGGAGGCGGCUUUGGUGGAGGAAGUGGAGGCGGUGGAUUUGGCGGUAGUGGAGGUGGAAGCCAUGGAGGCGGCGGAUUCGGCGGUGGUGGAUUUGGCGGAGGUAGCGGCGGCGGCGUCGGUGGAUACGGCGGAGGAAAUGGAGGAGGAGGCGGUGGCAGUGUAGCUUCUGGAAUUCUUGUUGGCAGUGGAACUCUCUCGGGUGGAGGCGGUGGUGGCGGCUACGGAGGUGGAAGCGGAGGCGGUUUUGGAGGUGGAAGUGGUGGCGGAUUUGGAGGACAUGGAAGUGGAAGCGGAGGUGGCAGCGGUGCCGGCGGAUACGGAGGGUAAAAAGGAUCUAUUUCUUAUUCGCAGUAAAUAAAUAUAUCACCAUCAUAUUGUAGUUUGUAAUGAAACCCAGUGUUAACUAAUCGGAUAAGAACGUAUAUUUCAAUGAAGAGUCUGGUAAGAGUAUUUCCUUUUGAUCAUCAAAUUCGACUCGAAACAAGAGACACGAAA